UGGAUAACAUGCUGACGUAUACACAUCCCAUAUGCUCUAGUUUGCCAUGUCGUUUCAAAAAGGGAACCAACGUAACAGUCGAAUUUACAUUUAAGCCGACUAGUGAUCAUGUCGAAUUGUAUCAUGUGGUAUACCUCAACAUUACUGAUAUUAGACAAAACUUUUCCGGAUUGCAUAACACCAUUGCUUGCCCGUUUAUUCAUCCGGUGAAUAAGCCUCAAGAUAAUGGAUGUCCUUUGAAGGCAGGAGAAGAGUAUUUGUACCAUUUACAAAUACACAUUGAAGACACCUUUCCAAGAAUUGAUUUCUUCAUGCUGCAUUGGUCGUUCCGAGAUCGUGCGAAAGAAAUAGAUGCAAUUUGCGUCGAGUUACCAGCAAAAAUAAUAGCUUAAGAAUCGUAUCUACAUUUAUUAUAACUAUAGCUUAUUGUAUACAUACCUAGAUACUUAAUGCAAAGAUAUACCCAAGCACAGAGGAUACAUGGGAUAUAUUUAUUAUUUACUCAUAAUAAACGUAUGUAUUAGUGAAGGAUAACUGACUUCUUGUGAUGUAUGAUGUACCUACGACAAAAAAGUCUACGAAAAAUAAUAAUAUUCUCCUGGGAAAAAUGAAGUUCCUCCUUGGAAAUCAUCGUUAAAUAUAUAUUGUACCUACUUGACAAAAAAAAAAUUCAAUCAAUAUCACAAUAAAAAAAAUUCUACACUCGGUAAAUCAAACAUGAAAAUUCUUAAAUCACUAUGAAAGAGUGAAAUUCAUUUGAAAUCACAUUGAAAAAUGCAUCUCAUAGUCAAUCUUAUGAUAAAAUUCAUUUUGGAAUCAUUUACCCUCCUGAAAAAAAUCGAAACAACUACCCGAGUGAAAUUAUAAAUUGGUAAAUUACCGCAGGAAAAGUUAUUGUUA